CGAGUCCGCCUUUUCCACUCCCUUCCUUGCUCCGUCGAAAGUCGAAACCCUCACUCUCUCCCUCUCCCUUCCCCCCCUUCGCUCUUCAUCGAUCUCUCCGAAGCUACGGCUCGCGCUCGAAUUCGCCCUAGGAGCUGGGCGUAAGAUCGAGCUCUCGCGAUGACGCGGAGGAAUCGGCGUCGAUGAGGCGGAGUCUCGCGGUUUUUCGAUCCAAAUUGGGGCCGAUUCGGGAGGAAUCGCUGUUUCUGCUGCUUCUCCGUGGCGAUCGCGGCGUUUUCUAGGGUUUUGGAGCUCGAUCUUGAGGUAACGCGGCAAUGGAGUAUGGGCCUUCGGAUAGUAGCGGAACUGAUGAUGAUCUUCCACCUUCACACCAGAACAGGGGGCCAAGAGUGGGCCGUGUCACUGGAAAUGGAAGAGCUAUAGUCGGUGCUGUUCCAUACCCGAGAGUACAGAACGAUAUGGAGAUUCAAAUACACCAGAUUGAGCAGGAAGCAUAUAGUGCAAUUCUUCGAGCAUUUAAGGCUCAGUCAGAUGCCAUUACAUGGGAAAAGGAAAGUCUCAUCAGCGAACUUAGAAAGGAGCUGAGAGUAUCCAAUGACGAGCACAGAGAGUUGUUAAACAGGGUCAAUGCUGAUGACAUAAUUCGGAGAAUAAGGGAAUGGAGACAGGCUGGUGGACUCCAAACCGGUCUAGUUAGUAACGCUCAACCAGUAAAUGAUCCCUUACCAAGUCCGACUGUAUCAGCUUCUCGCAAGAGGCAAAAACCAUCUCAAUCUAUACCCUCUCUUGCACCUUCUCCUUCCCUUCACUUGCAACCAGCUGCUGCUUUGAUGCAGCCAUUGUCGUUAGCUGCAAAAGAGGGAGCUCCACCCGGAGGAAGAGGGAAGAAAUCUAAAUCUGUGACAGGCCAGACAGCUCCAAGUGCGUCUGCAAUGAAAUCCAUGCAGUAUACUUCUACAGGUCCUAAUGGAAGGGGCCAAGCUGUAAAACCACCAAGUUCUCUUAUUGGGCGUAAAGUCCUGACAAGGUGGCCUGAAGAUAAUAACUUUUAUGAGGCUGUAAUAACAGAUUAUAAUCCUGUUGAGGGUCUGCAUGCUCUGGUAUAUGAUAUGAACACAAACAAUGAGACGUGGGAGUGGGUCAAUCUCGAAGAGAUUUCUCCGGAGGACAUCAGGUGGGAGGGCGAGGACCCAGGCAUCCAUCACCGAGGUCGGGGUGCACCAAGUGGCGGGGUUAAGAAGUCGACGGCCCGUGGUGGCGCCCUUCCAGGAGCGGGGAGCGGAAGAGGAGGGCCCCAUAAAAAUCAGCCCAUGAAAAGUUUCCCUUCGCAAAAUGGUGUUGGGAAGAAGAGAUCCGGCGACAUUCAAAUCCGUCAUACGGAAACACUCAUCAAGGAGGUGGAGAGGGUUUUUGCGGUGAGUCACCCUGAUCCCCUGGAGAUUGAGAAGGCAAAGAAAAUGCUGAAGGACCACGAGCAAUCUUUGAUCGACGCAAUUGCAAGGCUUGCCGAGGCAUCUGAUGGUGAAAGCGAAGAUGGUUGAGCAAGAUUUCAGGACCCACAUUACCAUACGGGCGGCGAAGCUCAAGAAGCCUUCGACAGUGAUCGGUUUCUGCUCAGGGAUGGCGCCGCGUCAAUUCACAUGCGAUUCGCCUCACCCGACGAGGCCCUGUUUCGGAAAAUUUUCCAUCACACUUAUGUAUGUGCUUGUGACAUCAAAAUUUCGCAGCAAAAUCAUCGCUUCAGAGUUGUACCUUUUCGGCGGAGAAAAUGAACUCUGAUCGGGCUCUGUACAAAAAACAAAUCGUCUUCAUUGAAUAAGCUUGUUUGAGGAUGUGAGCUGUUUCAUUUUGUUUGAGAUGCAUCAUCCCAGUUAGAAUCAUCAAUCUCUAGCAGAUUUUGGGGUGUUACCUGUUCCAAGAUAAGUGAGCAGAUGUGGGAACUCAGCUUCUAAGUAGACAAGCUCUAGGAAUUGUUGAAAUGGAAAAGCACUUUUUGAGGCA